UAGUAACCCUUGAAAAUGACAUCUUCUGUUUUGAGCAAAACUUAAAAAACAUUAACUUAUAAAAAGAAAGUGCUUCCAAAAAUGUCGAAGUAUCCACUUCGACCAUUUAUACAACCUGUAAUCCUGCGCCGCUUGAGCGAUAAGCCCAAGCUGAGCAACAAGCCCUCAAACACCCCUCGCCCGCCAAAGGAUCCUCCGGAUGAGGGCUACCAGCCGACCAGCGUCGACCACGAGGGGAUCGAUGUGGCCCCGUUUGUGAGACCCUCUUCCUUCCGCCAGUUCAGUGGACCUGACGAGAAGCUGGGACCAGGAGCAGGCAAGGCCCUCCCCUACAAGAACUCCAGCUACUUUGGCUAUCAUCGGUUCUCGUUUAUGGAACUCAUGGUCACGACAGUGGAACUGCGCGACGAACGUCGAUUGGACGGAGGACUCCAGGCAGCCAUUGAAGCGGACGAUGAACCCGAGGGUAGCGAGGCCCAACUGGAGACCAUGAAGAAACUGGAAGGCGAGUGCGAUGCGAUACUAGCCAACCAAGCCAAGAAAGCCGAGGAGGCCAAGAAAGCGGAGGAGGCCAAAGCCUCGGCCAAAGAAGAGAAGUGUCUUCAGGCAAUGAGCGACGAGGAGCUGAAGGAGUGGUGCAAGAAAAAGGAGGAGGACAUCAAAAAGAAGGAGCAGGAAAAGAAGGAGGCCACAUGCGCGCCCAAGGAGAAGAACAUCCAGGACAUGAGCGACGAGGAGCUGAAGGAGUGGUGCAAGAAAAAGGAGGAGGACAUAAAAAAGAAGGAGCAGGAAAAGAAGGAGGCCACUUGCGCGCCCAAGGAGAAGAAUAUCCAGGACAUGAACGACGAGGAGCUGAAGGUUUGGUGUCAGAAAAAGGAAGAGGACAUCAAGAAGAAGGAACAACAAAACAAAGACGAAGAAACCAAGAACUGUAAGGAGAAAGAAAAUACUGAAGCUGCUGAAAAGCCCAAGUGUGAAACCGAUGAAAACAAAAAAGAUUAAGAAUAUAAAAGGAUCUAUGGCAAAUUUACAAUAUUAAUAAAGAAUUUAUAAAUUGAA